CCUAAGGCGGCCAGAAACUUCCUGUCUGCAUUGUAAUGUUAUUCAAAACAGCAGGAGUCCAAACACAACUCGGUUUAAAUUACAUCUCCAUCGAUAUCACUGGUAGCAACCUUUCACCAGUUGUCACGCAAAAUAAGAGAAAUGAAUACUUUGGAAGUAUGCAGCCAUUGUGGAGAGAAACUUGAAUACACUGAAACGGAUAUCCAUUUAGCUUGCACAGAGAACAUUGAAAGAUGCAAUGCAGCUGUGACGUCGUUCCAAGACACAAUGGCUACCAGCCCGAACAUACAAUUUAUGGGUAUUCACGUCCGCUAUCUGUAUGGCAUCGACAGGAACUUAACUGAUCGAGAAAAAAUCGAGAAAAAGAAGAAACGGAGUUUGAAGCUUUUCGAGCUCACAAGGCAUAUCUCAGCGCUAAGAAAUUCUAAUGGUGGCUACUUACUUGUUCACAUUGUAGGCUUAACUCCAAAUGAAAAUUACAUUGGUGCUUUUGACGAGUUUGCAGAUGACACCCUUUACAAAAUGAUAGAAGAUGGAAGAAUGUUUGAAAGCGUGUAUAAGAAAGCAAGGCUUUGCGAGGCUGAAGGAUGCAAUCAGUUCCAUGAUUUCAUCAGUAUUUUUGUUACCAAAGGCACAGAAUUUUCAACAGCUGAUUUUAAAACUAAAAUAUCUUUAGACUGGGAAAUUAUAAACCCUUUACCUAUCACAAUGAAAAGGUUUGUUGUCGAACAAAACAAUUGGAAUCCCAUUCACCAUGAAGAAAUUGAUUUCAAAUUCAAUGGUGACUUUGAAACGAUUUCACAAUUGCAAGAGAAACGUGAUUUACAACUAAAGGGCUUCAUUGAAAACAAACUUAGAGUUGACUGGAAGUCAUUAUCGGGCUAUAACAAAGCCCGAACAGUUUGGGAUGAUCUUAGACUGAGGGAGUAUGUCAGUGCCUUCACAAAGAACAAGCGGGGUGGAUCCUUCCUGCUAGGAAUUGGGGGAAAAGAUAAGAGCAAUGGUGUGUAUAAGUCAAAAGAUCUCAUUGUACAAGGAGUGCCACUUGAGGACGAAAAUGAGUUCAGAGGCUACCUCAAAGAACUUGUCCAUGACGAGAGCCUGGUGUGUGACUUUAAGGGGCACACUGAUCCUAAGUUGGACAUAAUGAACGUAAAAUGCACCCUUGUACCCUCUGAAUAUGUGCAUUUAAGUACUACACGUGGUUCGCAAACCAGGCAGUACUACAUUGUCGAGGUACUGGUUCGCCCAAUCAAAGGAGUAGCAUUUUAUGACAAACAUGGGCCUGUAUCAUGCCGAAUCAUCAACAACAUUUGUACCCCUGUUGAUGUGAAAACAUGGUUCGAAAAGAUUGCCAUGCCCACACAAACAUCGUUUUGAUGACUAACACAACUUGACAAGUUUCAUUGAUAUAAAGACACAAAAUAAAUUUACAUACAUG